GUCGACUAGGUGAGUGUUAUAAAAUGGGCAGUUCUGCGUCAAAGCUAGAAGAAGAAAAAAAACGAAAAGAAGAACAAGACAGACAUAUAAAACAACUAACUGAGGAAAUUGCUCGGCAAGUUCACCAACAAAAACAAUUGGAACGAGAAAGAGGAUUAUGGGAACAAGAACGUAGAAGGCUCUUGAUCGAAAGAGAAACGAUUGCGGCAGAAAGAAGACAGGCAGAACAGAUUAAAAGGAAAGAGCAAUUGGAGUUCCUCGAUCGUUUGGUCAAAGACAAAGUAACAAAAAACUUACAAUUAAUUAACGACUUGAGAGUCGCAUACCACUUAAAUCGCUUAGAAGAAUUUCCAAAAAAUGCGUAUGAGGAAAAAGAGUUGGAAUCUUUAAAAUUCACACAAGUGGCAAAUGUUUUCAAAAACAGCAAUAAACCAUGUUUUACCAUUGAAAAAAUAACUUCAGUAAACAAUAUUUUCAACGAGUUGCAUUUCAAAUUGAACAGAGAAAUUUAUAGGAAAAGACACAAGGAAAAGAUACCGGACCUGUUAAUUUUCCACGGAACCAAACAGGAAUUCUUACAUGAGAUUUGUACCUAUAAUUUUGACAGAUCUAAGGUUCGUACCCACAAAUUUGGACACGGAGUAUCAUUCGCUCGAGAUUCAUAUUUCGCCACACAUUACCAUCGCGACAAUAAGCGCAGCAAUAAAAAAGUGAUGAUUAUAGCAAAAGCGCUUUUGGAAAAGUUGCCAAUUGGUAAUGAAAAUACGAUAAUUCCGGAGGCGCCAUAUUGCUCGUCUACUAAUGAAGAUAUGUCUGUUAUCGUCAAAUAUGAUGACGCAUCGGCUUAUCCUUUGUAUAUUGUUUAUUAUGAAGGUUUUCAUCCGCCAAAGUGUGCUUGAACUUAAGAAAUAUAGACAUGUUUUAGAUUUA